CACACACCUCUCUCACUUCACAAUGUCUGGUUUCGAAGCUGGCGAUGCUAAGAAGGGUGCCAACCUCUUCAAGACAAGAUGCGCUCAGUGCCACACCCUAAAAGAGGGUGAGGGCAACAAGAUUGGCCCUAACCUACACGGUCUCUUUGGUCGCAAGACUGGCCAGGUGGAGGGUUUCUCGUACACGGACGCGAACAAGCAGAAGGGCAUCACAUGGGACAACGACACUCUGUUCUCCUACCUCGAGAACCCAAAGAAGUACAUCCCCGGCACGAAGAUGGCCUUCGGCGGUCUUAAGAAGCCAAAGGACCGCAACGACCUGAUCACCUUCCUCUCGGAGGAGACCAAGUAAAUAUCAACACCAUCAAAACACUCUUCAAAAACACCAUCAACCACCCAACAAUCUUCUCAUACUCGCCAUCAACCUUUCUCUCCCAUCCGGACAAUGUAACACCAGGCAUGCUUCGAUAGACUUCUAUAAUCGGCUGUUCUUCGAAAGGUUCUCUGCGUGCUUCUUCGAGUGUACAAAUACUUUUUGUGUAGCAUCAACGGCGGGUUUUCGUAGACUUGUGGCGGCGUCGACAUCAACUAGGGGCAAGCAGCAGAAUUCCGAAAUACCA